AUAAAAGAGGCUGGGGGAAAAAACUCAACAUCAUUAGCAGCCCGUCGUUUUAAACACAGCGUUGAAACAAACUGCAUAGAGACGCAAGGGAAACCUCACAUAAGAUAAACUUGAUUUAUUUGGGGUUUUUAAUCGCUGCGACAAAGAUACACAUACACAGAUGGACAACAGAAACACCUCGGAAGAAAAGCCGGUUCAGCGCUCCAAGUCAUUCAGUUUUAAGACGCAGAAUGAAACCUGUGCGUCCUGUGAGAAGACGGUGUAUCCGAUGGAGAGACUGGUAGCCAACAACCUUAUUUUCCACGCCUCGUGCUUCUGCUGCAAGCACUGCAACACCAAACUCAGCCUGGGCACCUAUGCAGCGCUUCAGGGCGAGUUCUACUGCAAGCCUCACUUCCAGCAGCUCUUCAAGAGCAAAGGGAACUACGACGAGGGCUUCGGCCGCAAGCAGCACAAGGAGCUGUGGGCUUCCAAAGACGCCGAGAGCAUCACCAAAACGGCCUAACGUCCUCCUGUCGUCAGCACUGUCCGUCUAUAGCCUGUGUUCAUGACCCUUUGUACAACCUGCCUGCCCUGCUACACACACACACAUUCAUAUUUUCAUUACUCACUCUUUCAUGCACAAACCACAAACAUGACAGGGCAGGCACCUCCCGCUAGAUUUUUAUUUUCUUUUAAAUUUCAGCUAUUUUUUGUCACUUUGAUUUUAUUUAGCGUUAGAAUAUGUUUUUAUUGUUUUAUGUCUUUUUUUUAUCCACAGCUAUUGAUUUAGCUCUCUGUGACCAAAAGCUCACCCUCAUUUACACCAGGGGCAAUUGUUAUGUUUUAUUGUUAUUUUUAUUUAGUUGUUCCUGUUUGACUUCCUGUUAGGCACAUGAGAGGCCCUUCCUUCAAAGGAAGGUCUUAGAUUGUGCACUCAGGUAGAGGCUCUGGGCUGUCGUGUGAUAUUUCUUCAGUCUUUUACAACCAGAAGGAGUUUAGUUCCACAUUUAUUUUUCAAAGAAAAAAAACAAAAACACAAACCAUGAAUCGCAGGGCCUGGGUUGAAAUGGGAGGAUUUAAGUAUCUGUCUUUUUGUUUUGUUAGCAGGGUAUUUCUGUGAAACUACAGGGUACAUGGUACUGUCUCUGAAAACAUUCUCUGUUUUUCCAUCUUUUCACUCCUUUUCUCUGUGUCUCUUCUCCUGACAGCUCAGAGAGGUUUAAAAGCCUCGCGAAAGUCAUAAAGGAUCUUCUCUGUGAAAUCAUAUCAGUCCAUUCACAAUAGCACUUGCUGUCUGAUUUUGGAGCAGUUUGUUCUUUAGUUUCUUUCAAUGUGGCGUGUUUUUUAAGAAGCUGGUUUUAAUAUUUGAGUCCAGAGGUCAGUAGGCCAUUUUUACUAUUUAUUGCAGGGUCAGUUGCGGUUGACGCACAUAGGUGGGCAUCUGUUUUACCAUUUUGAAGCAUUUCUCUCUGCUGCCCCCUGGUGUUCUGGCAGGCACUGCUUGGUGUUCUGGCAGUCUUUCUCUCACCCUGUAUUUAAUGCUCUUCUUUUUUACUGAAUGGUUAUCUGGUCAUCUGACUGGCUGGAAUGUGUCAAAUGCAUGUCCCUUAAUGCCCCUUUUACUCUUUUGGCUUUCAUGAAGCUCCAUUUUUGCAAAAUCAGUACAGGAACAAAGUCGAUGCAUAUUUGAAUGUACUGUAGUGUCUAGAUUGUCCUUAUAUACUUGCAUGGGACCAAUGUUGCUCAGUAGAGAGGCCUCAAAAUAUUCACAGGGAAUUAAUUUGGUCUCACAGGAGCCUGACAUCGCAGUGUCACGCCAACUCCAAAACCACUUCCUGUUGUCACGUGUCGUUACGCCUGCUUCCUGUGAGCUCCUCUGUUUGUCUGUGUGAACAUGGUUCAGUUGGGCCCUUAGCCAUUAGCUCAGGAAUAAGAACGAGCCGUAAUGCAAUGCCUCCGUCCUGCAAGGCUGCUGUCCUUUAGCAUUGGUCCACUCUACUUUUCUCAGUGGGUACUGUACAGUGUGGCAAGCUGUUAUAGCUUCUAAUCCUAAUACUAGGAUUAAAUACUAGUCAGUGAAUGAAAUUUGACAUGCAAAAUGAUUUGUCUUCAGUUAUCGCUGAUGGGAAAUCAUUGCUUUUCUCAAUUCCCUUUAAUGGGGAACUGAGGGCCAGAGACCAGCUUCAGUGGAACGGCUUUCAUUUUCACUGGUGCGAUUUAAAUGUCAACAUAUAAUUACUGAGUAAAAUUUAAAUUUUACUGCUGAUGGUGUUUCUUUUCUGCAUACGUUAAUCAUUCAGAUGUAAUUCAGAACCAUAAGAUGCAAGAAUUUCUUUACAGUGGUGGUGAUGGGAACCAGGGGUCACGGUGUCUACAGCACAAAUAUAGCCAUUUUAUUUACUAUCCAAAACCACCAGUGAACCUACACGUGUCUUCUGAGUGUUCAUAUGUAGUGGUUAUGAUGAUGAAAUAGUGCUGAAGAUCUCUUUGGGGACUGUUUUGAUUCAAAACUCACUGCAUGUGCCAUAAAUGGAGGAAAGCUCUUUAAAACUGUCUCAGGCAUCAUAAGAACUAUUACAUUUCAUGUAAUGGCUUUCUGUGAGGGAGCGUUUAGAGGCAUUAAACUCCUCAGACGUCUGGUUCUCAUCACCACCACUGUGAACAAUUCUGGCUUUAAGUUUCUCCAGAACUGAGCAUUUCACA